AUGGCGGAACGGCUUGUUUUGUCCACCGCAGGCGACCGCUUGCAGCUCACCAUCCAGCAGGCGACCGCUUUGACCCGGCGGAUGCUGGGCUCGCCAUUCGUGUUAUCCGAUGCUAAGAGUUCAGCGUUUGGAGGGUUUCAAGGAGGACAAGGUUUCGCAGAUCGGAACCUGAAACGGAAACGAAACCGAUUGAGUGAAAUCGAUCGAGUCUUGACUUCCAAGACUUCAGAGGAUCACAGUGAUGUUGAGACACAUGAGACAGGGAUGUUGAACUUGAGGAGCAAAAGGUCUCGCAUCCCUGCAGUUCAGAACUUGAGCAAGCAGCUCGAAAGCAUUGGCGAGAUCCACAAGGAGGUGAAAAGCCAACUGGAGCCCAUGCAGCAGGAAUACCUCCGGAGGCUCGAGGAGGUCCGUUUCCUCGAAGCUCAAUGCCGACGCCUGGAUGUGCACUGCCGCCGCCUCGAAGAGCUCACCGUCGCGGCGGUCCGCACGCCACGCGAACGCCGCGAAGGGACGGGGACGCCGCGCCCAGUAGAGGAACCUGAAGAACCCAACGGCAAAGCCGCGCCCCCCCUGCCACCGCUGCCGCAACAGCUGGGCGACGAGGCGGUCGACGGCCUUGAAGGUUCCGCCACCGCGGUUCCGCGGAAUGCCUUGGGCGCGACCAGCGACGAGGACUUGUUGGUGGUGGCCACCGCGGCGUUGGCGGAUCACACCCGAGUGCUCUUCCUGGACGUCGAUGGCGUCCUGAACACGCAGAGCUCCAGAGAGGAGGAUGCGAACCACCUACCAGCACCAGAUAUCUUGCAGAAUCUGAAGUUUCUGGUGGAUAGCACGCAGUGCAAGAUCAUCCUCAGUUCCACUUGGCGCUUGAGCGACUACAAGAGGCAUCAAUUGGAUCACGUCUUCCUGCAGUACGGCUUGGCCAUCAAUGGUGCCACGCCCGAUUUAGAGAAGACCUGCAAGGGUGAUCGGGUGGAUGAGAUUCUGCUCUGGCUUGAGAUGCACGCCGCGAAGUCGGAGCCCGUCCAAGCCUGGGUGGCGGUGGAUGACAUGGACCUCUUGCGACAGAACCCUCGCCUCGAGGUGGAGAACUUUGUCCACACCAGCGAUGAGCGGGGUCUGGAUGUGCCAAAGAUGGAAGAAGCGUUGCGAAAGCUCUUAGCCCCCAACGAUCCCAACGCGACAGACGCAUGGAUCAGUGGUCGUUUCAUCCCGGUGGCGUCCAGAUCUGCAGCGCAGACUGUGGCCGUGGUCUAUGACACCCAAGGCCUUCCACAGCGCUCUGCUUCCUGGACCAUGCUGCCGACGCGCACGGCGGCACCGAAGCAGGGCUCCUUGCAGAACCUCAGACACGAGGCCGCCCAAGCCGCUGACGCACCGGUCCUCUUUAGCCCCUCACAGGAGAUGCUCCGUCGGGUCUACUCUGCACCACAGCUUCAGGUCUCCACCGAGCGCAUGUUCCAAUCCCGCGUCGAAGGGCAUGUUUCAUCUCGCCACUACGGCGGGGCCCGAGCAGAAGAUCCUGAGGCCAUUCGACCGCCGGGGUUCGGGUGGGCCGGACCCGAUGCACGCCAGGGCCUUCCAACAGGUGCGGCCUUCGUCACGCGCUUUGAAGCAACUCGGGGACGAGUACGCCCAGGCCGGGGGUCCAACGGCGACUUGUGCGACUGGCGCACGGAGACGGAGCUGAAUGCCUUCGUGCUCCCGACAGCGAGGACACCCGGUGCCCCGCCCCUAGUGAAGCAGGCCUUCCAGUCGCCCGCCGCUGGGCCAAGCUUCAGCACCAGCGGAAGGACUAGCAGCUGGGCCUUCUUCGGCCUUUGUGCUGCCUGUGGGGUGCAGAUCCUUUCGCGUGUGACUUGCGAGGCCAACUCUGGCAGCCUCAGUCGAAAGCCCGGUCGCCGGAACGAUUGGAACCAUCCACGCCUGGGCUACCGCAUUCACGGCGGCCCUGGCUGGAAUGGCUCACCGCACACCUACACGGAUCCGAUCCGCUGGGUCCAUCGCUUCCGCCGCCGCAUCCACAUCCGCCGAAAGGUGGAAGGCACCUCCGCCCGACCGCGGCUGGCGGUCUUCCGCUCGAAGACGCACAUGCAUGCCCUGGUCGUUGACGACACCAUUGGAACUGGCGUGGUCAUGGCACACGUGACCUCCAAACAGGCGGCUGCAGCGGAGAAGAUCCGCAGCAAGCAGGGCUGUGGGAAGGGCGAGGAGAAGACUUGGUCCAUCGAAGCAGCUGAGGUCAUAGGUGAAGAAGUCGCGAAGCAAUGCCUGGACAAGGGCAUCACCAUGGUGGUCUUCGACCGCGGGGGCUUCCGCUAUGAGGGCCGAGUGAAGGCUUUGGCUGAAGCAGCGCGCACCGGUGGUCUCCAGUUCUGA